AUGAAGCGAAGGAGAACGCGUACGCCUUCGGAUGCAGGUAGUCCUCCACAGGAAAAGAAAACGGUCAAAUCUUCAACCAGUUCCAACUCUUCUUCGAUAAAAGACGGUCCUUCUAAAUCUUCAGAUGCCCAAAAUGCCGCCAACCUGGAAGAAGUGGAAGUGGAAAAAAGAACUGCUGAAAGUGAUGUUAAGUCGUUCGAGAAAGGAACGGAGGAGAUCAGGAAACUUGUAGCUGAGAUUCAGGGGCAAAAAUUCGCUGUAAGUAUCAUCUGUUGCUAGGUGCCAUGGACUGGGUAUCAACAAGCAAUGUUAAAUCAUGCUUCCAUCUAUAUUUGUCACUUUGUCUGGUAAUUGUCUUGCACCACUCCAGAUCUAAUAAUGUAAAAAAAAAUGUUGAAAUGUAUUAUGGUGGAAACAAGGUUACUUGCCCUUUUUUAAAAAUCAGAAUGCUGAUACAAAUGAGUCCAGAAUCAGAUGUACAUUGCUGUUUACAAUCUUGAAAAAGCUCAACCGACUUGCUCACAUGAGAUGCAAGAAAUCCAGAGAAAGAACCCAAGAGGUAUGACCAUAGUACUAAACAUGCAAUAAAGUAUACGUAGUAAGGACAUAUAGUACAAUUCAGUGAUUCACUGGUCAGAACAUGUUCAGAGCUUCAGAUAACUUUUGGUCAUUGGACAAAGUCAAAGUGGGAAAACUGUGAACACCAGAAAUAUUUCUGAGAUGUUAUUGUGUUGCAAGAAGAAAGUCAAUUGGGCAUGAGAAACAAAACUUCAAGCAAGGACAUUAACUAGUUUGAGGUUUUGAGGCUAGUUCACUUGUCCUGAUCUUUGCUGUGAUUAGUCUUAACACAAUAAACAUUCCUGAAAUAUUUCAAGUUUUCAAGUUUUUGCCAGUUUGACUGUAACUAUGGCUAAUGUCAGAAGAAAUCAUUUCUGUGAUUGGAUAUAUGAUAACUGGACAAAUCAAAUACUAAAGAGUGUCAUUUUAAAUUAAAGCUGAAGAUUUGCUCAAUAGUUUACAAAUAAAACGUAUAAGUCAAUGAUGUAUUUCUAAGAACUUUUCUGGUUUGUCUGAGCAAAACAUUGACCUAGUCAAACAUGUUUCCUUUCCAAAAAGGGAAAUUGUUUACAGGUCUAAUUGUGAGUGCACCCCUGAAAAACCCACCUUGACUAAAGUUGGGAGGUUAUACCUGCUAGAACAUGUCUAAUGGGUUGGAAAGACUCCACUAAUCUUAAUACAGAGAGGUGGCACCCAGCUGUGUACAAACAUUUUGACUACUUUCCUUAAAUCAAAGAGUUGAAAUGAUCUGUCAGGGCUGCAACAAUAUAAUUUCUCUUUUUAGAAAGAACAUGUGCCUUACUAUGCCACCCUUUUUCAUCAGACAAAUCAGAAACACUGUUGGGUAUACUUUUUGUUAACUUUACUUUCUGUAAGAACUAUGUAAAUCUUCAGCUUCAAAUUAUUACAGUCUCUCAAAGCUCUUAGGAAGCACAAUAUUAUUGCUGUAGGAUUCAACAUCGUUUUCACAAUUUCACUUCUUUCAGGCUAAACAAAAGGUGGACAGUCUUCACUUGCAGUUACAAAACCUUCUGUACGAAGUGAUGCACUUGAAAAAAGAAAUAACAAAAUGUCUUGAAUUCAAGUAAGUGAAUAAUUUAACUUUUGUGUUUUUAUACAUGUCAGGAGCCUUGUUUUUAUAAAAGGAUCUGUAAAGUGUACAGCGAGAGUUAGAAACUAAAUGCAAAGAAGAUCAUUGCAAUUCAAGUCGCAACUUAUGCAGUUGCGAAAGAAAAGCCUGAAAAAAUCAGCCUUGCUGGGAAAUCUGUCCCUUAGACCAUAAAUAUUUAUUCACAAAGAGAAAACAAUUGAAGGAUGAAGAAGGUCUUUAAGCUUUGAUGUGACUUAUAUGAAUCUUUGUUAUGAAGGUCAAAGGAUGAAGAAAUAGAGCUGGUUUCAGAAGAGGAGUUUUUUAGGGAUGCACCUAAAGAAAUUUCAAAACCUGUAAGUGACCUGUUAUAAUAGUGACCAUGGCAAGAAAACAAGCAAAAGCAUGUAACAGUUUCCGUAAAACACGUAAAAAGCAGACUGUGUUUUACACAGGCCUUGAUAGUAGACAUUUGUGUUUGAAGUUAAAAAUAUGGAAGAAUUCCUUUUCUUAGUUACUUUCUUUGGGGAAAAAAGUCACAUUUUCCAUCUUCCUUUGUAGUAGGAUGACAGAUGGUAAGGGCUAGUUUGAAAGAAGUACUAAAGACUGUGUUUGCACUUUGACAAAGGUGCUACAGUUUUGAUCUUGUGUUUUAGGUGGAGCAAAAUUCAUUUGUUGUAAAAUAUGGCUUGGAUUCCACCUAUGGAAUUUAAGAUACUUUUGUUGCAUGUCAUUUCAAAGAGAUUUCUCCCUAAGCAUUUGAUACUGUAGUAACACCACAAGAUUUUGUCCAGACUUAGUGUAUAGUGACAAAUAGUCUCACCAUAACAUGGUUUUGAAGUUGAAGGAUUUAAAAGAAAAGCAACUGAACCUUUAUAUUAACUUUUCAUCUGAUCUGUAAAUUACAAUGUCUACAUACUUCGUCAGAAAAUUAAUUAUUGCAAUAUUUUCACUAAGCAUGUGUUGAAAAAAAAAAGAUUGACAGUCAAGGUUAGAUAUUGCUUAAAAGUGGUAAGAGCACUUGUGUAGAUGUAAAAGUGUAAUAAUUUUCCGAAACUUAAUUGUGAAGGAAGUUACCAAGACAGAUGCUCAUCAGCUGAUGUUAGCAAGACUUGACUGGGAACUGGAGCAAAGAAAAAGGUAUUUUGUCUACUAGAAAGUGUUUAUGACUAAGGUUUGUUGAAGGAUGUUAAGGAUAGAGCUUUCUGUAUUCUAUAUUGUUAUGGAAUGUUGUUAGAAAUUAAAACCGAGAUUUGCGAAAAGUAAAACGAAAAAACAAGCAAAAGUUAAACUUUGAUGAAAUGAUUUUCUCUGAGUAUUUGGGGUAUUAAAGUGUAUGUUUCUUGACCCCUUUUUGUCUCAAAUUGGAGCUGCUGUUUCACAUAAACUGUUUUGGUUUUAGAAUAGGGUAUGUUUUUGUAGCUUGUGGAACCAGGGUCUGGAAUUGCAUACCUUUCUUAUUCUUCAUCUUUUGCAAACAGCAAUUCAGGUCUUAAACAAAGCAGGCAAUAAUUGCUAAUAAUUAGCAAUAAUUGCUAAUUAUUAGUAAUAAUUUAGCAAUAAUUGUUAUUGCUAAAUUAUUGCUACACAAAAAAGGAGGGGCCUUGACUGUCUGGGCAUUUUUUAUUUUGUAAAGCAGUAUACCCAAUUUUUUUGAAGGUUAGUCACUUAAACAAGUCAUCUGUGGUGCAAAGAUGGGUAUUUUUAGAGCAAAGCGUUACUGGUAAUUGUUUUAAUUUUUGAACUUGUUUUGAACUCUGUACCAAUUUUCACUUCAAUUUCCUUUGCAGACUAGCAACUCAAAAAGAACAGUUUCUCAAAAAAAAGGAAUCGUUAUCAAAAGAGAUCCACACCAAGAAAGAAUUCUUGGACAGUUUGCAACCAAGAUUAGAAAAUAUAUUAAAGGUAACCUGUAGUGGGGCUGUGUUGUAAAAUUUUAAGCUAUUAUCUUAAUCUAAGGGAAAGUCAAAUUUGGUGAGUGUCAGGCCACCUGAAUUGUUGACGUAUCCCUCACCUCACCUCAACUGGGUCUUUGUACAGAACGGGUCAUUUCUUCUGGUGAUCUCAGGUGCUGUAAAAACAGAAGUUUAAGUUAUCACAGGAUAAGUUAAAGGAGUUGUGUCACGGCUGUCUUAAGUUUAUUUUUUAAUAUUUCUAAUUAUACAUCUCUAUUUGCAAUGGAACUCAUAACUUAAGUGAAGAAAUAACUGGCAAAUGACAGAAUCACAGCUUCUUUUCACACAAAUAUAUCUCCCAAGCAUCAUGUCAAACAUUAUAAACACCAAAGGAACUUUGAAAAACUGUUAGGCUGAAAGGUUUUCAAAAUCUGCAAUUGCAAUCUGGUUUAAUCUCCUUCAAAUUUGUCCAUCUGUGACUUCUAUUUUGUAUGCUAUGUUAUUUAUACCUUGUUGUAAUAUUUUGAGGAGUUAUUUUCAUGAUUCACUCAAUAUGGUGGCAUUUCCUACCUUGGGAAUUGCAAUUGAUUUUGUGACACAGCUCCUUUAACAUUACCUUUAACAUUAUUAAACGAAAGACUAUAGCAUUUGGAAAAUGUAACAAUACACUGAAGAAAAAAUUCACAUAACUCCUCUUCCACAUCACGGCAACUUCCAUUUCUCUUGCAUGUAAAAACAGCCAACAUUUUGUGAUGCCACCACUGGUUGCCCUGCGAAAUGACGUCUACAGUAUGGAUUUUUUGCACUUUUUCAUUAGACGUUAUUUUGCGGGGGAAACCAGUACUAGCAUGACAAAAAGGCCAGAUGUUUUGUCAGGCUACCUUUUCUCAUGCAGCUGUAAUUUGUCAAGCUGUUGUCUUUCCUUAGGCUACCCAGCCUGUGCAAGAGUACAUGAACAUGCCGCUGGAUGCCAAGCGUGUACAACAUGAAACUGCACGGUAUCUUCCACAGCCUUUGUACAUUUUGUAUGUUCAAGCAACAGCAUACAAGGAAGCAUGUGAUUCUAAUUUAGAACUGAAGAUUCUUGGUGAUUUGGAUAUUGCAAAAGCUGCCAUGGAAACUAAAACUGCUGCUAGAGGUUUGUUUUUUGAACAAAGAAUAAGUCUGCAAUACUCUGUUGAGAGUGAAGACUUAAAUUGGUAAAGUAAAGUAAAAGACAUUGUUUUACUUAUACUGAGCAUUCCUUGAAUUUUUGAAUGCUUACUUCUGGACCCUAAUGCACAAUCCAAUGCAGGGUUAUUUAAAUGACUCAUGAAAGCUGACUCUUUAAAGGUGAUCAAUCUAUAAAGAAGAUUGCAAUUUGAAGAGAACCUUUAUAAAGUUCUCGCUGACCAUGGAGUAUACUAUGGGUCUGCUGUCUGUAUGGCAUGCUGGGCUUUGUUCCCAUCUAAAUGUCAUGUACUCUGAAUAGUAAGUCCAAUGAGGAUGAAAAAAAUAAAUAAACAUUUAUAGGAGUGUCAUUAAUCAAAUCAAACCAUAAUUUCAAAUAUGUGCAGAACUCCUUGAAAGAGUUAUUGUCAUGACGUUGUAGAUUUUACAUGAUCAUAUUGAAUUCCAGAAAUUACAUUCUCUAUCUGAAAUUACAGUUUUCUGUUAUACAGUCUAGCACAUUGAGUUGCAAUAAAGUAUUUUUAAGCUAAUACAUGUUUUGUUUUGUUGUAGAUGUGGACAGUGAUUCAGACCAAGAAAAUGCUGAAGGACAUAAGAGGGUGAGAACAUAAUAAUUAUAUUUUAUCAGUAUUGACUUGUUUUUCAGGCUUUACAGUGUAUCUUGUUGAUGAAAACAAAAAAAAAACCAUUCUAAGUUGUCCAAGUUACUUAAUAAUAACCUGGUUACCUAACUGAGUGCUGCUGCAGACAAUGUUAGUCUUUACACUAGAGCCUAAAUAAGCUAAGAAAUAUUUCAAGACAAGUAUAAUUUUCAAUUCUUCAAGCAAAAAGAAGCUUCCCACACAACCGUUUCUUUAUUGCUUCAGAUUAACUUAAGGCUGUUUUCACAUGCAACACAAUUAAUAUUGAUUGACAUGAUUCACCUUUUUCAAAACUCAAGAAACCACAAGUUUGCUAAGUCAGUUUUAAGGAUGGUUUUCAAGUCACUUGAAACUUUCUUGAAUUGAAUCAACUUUCCAACUUUAAUGAAAUGCAAAGUAAAAUAACUUGAGGUUUUACUGAGGCCUUCACACGUAUCUUUGGUUAAGUAAAACUUAGCAGUUCUUAAAUCUUACUAGUGUCAAGGCAGCCAAUGUGUAUUUUCUUACUUUGGAAUCCUUUUUAGUCAAAACACAGGAGAAAAAAAGAAGAAUCUCGUUUAGAGGAGAAGAGAAAGUUGCUGCUUAAGAAACAUCCACUUCAAAUCCUUGUGCAAGUUCGGUGUAAAGGUUAGAUCUAUAGUCAUUAGAAUAUUAUUGUCAUUGCUUUAGUGAAAAAGUCCAAUGAAUAGUACCAAUGUUUUUGCUGUUCUUUUUGUGCUAAAUGGUUUAUUUUCAUUAUUUCUGUAGACAAAGCAACAGUAGAUUUGUUGUUCUCAUAUUUGCCAACAUUCAGCACAGUUGUAGUAUCACCUUCCUUGUCGUUAACUGAAGCUCUCCCUGAACCUGUAUUGGCAAACAGGUGAGUUCAUGACGAAUGAUGAAGAUUACAUGAAAGCUGGGGAUGGAUAUGGCACUUCCUCUUGCAAAUGUUAACAUAUAACUGCUUGCUGAAACUUCAGAGCAAUUAAUGAUCCCAUGGGUAAAUUAAAUUAUUCUGCUUGACAAAUGAAACAUAAUUUUUUGGUGCAAAUCGAUGUUGUAGUUCAAAAUCAAAUUAUUAUGCUGAUUAAAAGGGUUUCAAUGUAGUUUAACUCUCAAUAUCCCUUGACCUCUUGAACAAUUUUUUAUCUUUGGUGCAAAUGGAGAGUUCUAACCAGCAGAGGAAGUAAUUUGUGAGGAUAGAGAGAGAGAGAGAGUAAUCUGCAAACUAAGUUAAAUUAACAGUUACGAGGCUUAAUAUUAUAUAAAGCUUAAACCUUAUAUAUAAUGCUUAAACCUAAGUGCCCACUCAUCACAUGAUGUGGCAUGACAUUUGCUAGGGACCUUAAAAGGAGACUUGACUAUUAGUACCAGUUUAGGGCUUAGUAUGAGUUUGAGCACCAAUCUUAUCCUGAACAUUUAAUAACGUGUUAGUCAGCAACAGGAAAGAGUUAUAGUUGGGGGGGGGGGGGGGGGCACUUGGGUUUCAAUUUGUAAAAAAAAGGAAAUUACUCACCCCCUUUUUUUUUUUGGGGUCAGUCGGGGGGGUUGCUUUUUUGUGGGCUCUGUUUUUAGCUGGGGGUGCGUUGACGUUUCCCACAGCUCCCCUUGAACCUAAAGGACCAAGAAUCAAAAGAAGUGGGAAAACAAUUGUGUGGGACCAUAAAAGGAGAAUUACCCAUUAAUACCGAUUUAGGGGUAAGAAUGGGUUUGAGGACCAAGCUUUUCCGGAGCUUUUAAGAAAGUAGUAGUCAGCGAAAGGAAAGGGUUAUAGUUGGGGGGGGGGGGAGUACAUUGGCUUGCAAUUGUUAAGAAAAGAGAUGUACUCUCACUCGUUUUGUAUUUGCGGUCAAGUCUGGGGGUUGCUAUUGUGAUGUCACUGCUUGUGAAGUGGGAUGCCUUGAUCAUUUCCACAGACUGCCCAGGUGUCCCAAACUCUGCACAAUUUACAUUGUAUUCAAACGAUCUCCAGGUCGCGACUGAUACAUGUAGAAGUUGCUCAGGCUUCUGAAUGGUCUUCCUUCAAGUAAAUAGACCUCUCUCUUUCAGUGAGGAUGCACUCAAGCAGUAAGCACAACUUUCUUUAAAUAUGCCUAUGUGCCAAGUCUUUUUUUCCGUUAAUCUUGUUUUUGUUUUCAGCACUAUUUUGUCCCCUGAUUCAUUGUUGACAAGUUUAUUUCCUGAUGACAGUGGAAAAAAGGCACCAAAUCCAGCCAGUCUCUAUCAGCUUGCUAAAGUUGGGUAAGUAAAGUCCUCUGUUACAGUCAUAGACUUGUCUGCGUGUAAACUCUUUAGCCUUGGUUGACCUCACUAGUGACACAUGCAUGAACAUGUGCGCCGGAAAAAUACCAGGCCCUAAUUGUUGAAACAUGGAAUAGGGCUGUCGACUGGAUAAAUCCCUCUCCAGUAGAUAGGUAGGAGAUGAAAUCAUUAAUUACAAUUAUUGUGCUAUCCAGUGGAUAGAGUUUUAUCUGGUGGGUAGCAUUAUCGCCUUUUGAACAACUGGGGCCUGGAUAUUUCUCUUCACCUGUGAUAAACAUAAGGAAACAUACAAUGCAGGGAUAGGCAUAAAAUUUUGUUGCAACUAAUGUUGGUGCAAAAGAAUAAUUUUAAAAAGGUGGGAAAUGACAGGUUUUAAUACAAGUAUAAAACUUUGUCACUUUUGCUUGUGCCUUUUACUUUUUUUGUUUAUGGUCAGUUGCACACAUCUAUACAAAAAAAGCAGAAGGCCUUUAUAUUCUAAAAAGACAUUGUAAAAAAAGACAUAAAAUGUCGUCAAUUUUGAAAUAUUUUCAGCCAAAAUCAUGAUAAGCACCCAUUUCCACAUUUCAGUAAUAUUACUUGUUUAUAACAAUUCAUGUCAUAAACAAUAAUUGUGUUCUUUCAGAAUUAAAGACUUUGCAGAGUUUGUUAAUCAAGUUGGCAAGCCUUACAUGUGGGCUCAGAGGAUAUGUGGACUUGACUUUUUACCUGAAGAAAUACAUGUAAGAGGUUUCUUCGAUAUGUUUAAUAUACAUAGACUACUUUGCCAAUUUUCUUGUUAUGAUACAAAAGGAAUGUUUUUUGCUUUUGUCCUUCAAAUAUUUUGAGUUAUAAGUUUAAUUAACCAUUCAUCUCUACAGUUCAUGAUUCUUUUUAGACAAAGUGAAAGUUACUUUUAUUGAACGCUACUUUCCUAAGCCUUAUAAAACAGCCAACAUUUUGCGAAGCUCCACCGGUUUCCCUUUGAAAUGUUGUUUGAGGAACGACUGCAGAAGUUCCAUACUAAUAAUUAUUACAUGUCACUACACAGAUCUGGGUAGUGUUUCUGAUUGUUUGAAGCAAAUUUCCCUCGUGGCACAACCAAUAAAAUCACUACCCAGAUCAUUAUGGAUUUUCUGCAGUCAUUAAUUUUUUCAAACUUCACAUAGGAAACUAGUGAUGUCGUUGUAAAAUGUCAGCUGUUUUCUCAGACUAUACUUUCCUAACUCUUUUUUACAUGCCUUGGACACAAUCGCAUAGGCUUUUAUCCUUUAAGUAUAUGGAUAGAUUGGCGCAAUGGCGCGGCCUGGCUCAAACCCUGUAAUAGUAUUAUUUUUUGGUAACAAUUAUUUCUUUGUUUAACAGGACGUUGUUGCCAAGUCAUCAGUAAGCUUGUCACACAUGGAAGCUACAAUCAAAGCCAUCAGGACAAGAAUCCUGGCUAGACUCGCUCUUCAGCAACAACUUACGUCCUUAGGUAGAAACCGCGGAUUGUUUUCUGCUUAUAUUUCUUAACUGUAAGCGGUCACUGGGUACUUAGGUUCUUUCAAAGGUGGUGUUUCGCGUGAAAAUUUCUCAUCCAAUCUGUCUUUUCAUUCGGUAUAGUGAUGGAACAUUCCUCUGAAGGAACACUCAUUGAAUCGGUUUUUUUUUGCCGCCAAGCGUCGAGUAAACGAUUGGAGAUUGUGUAACACCGUCUGGAUGCCUGUCUUGGAGAUUUCUUUGUUGUGAGAUCGAAAUGUCGUUGUAACGCCAGGGAGACCUAUGUUAAAAGAUCAUUUUUACCCCCAUUUUCCCCUUCAGUGUGGUGCUCUACAGAAAGUUGUUUGGCUUCCCAAAACAUUCCCUUUUACUGGUUUCUGGCAGAGUGAGAUCAGUGUGGAGAAGUAAAUAUAUACUGCGCGAGUUUAGCAGAGAUUAGAGAAUUCUUAGAAUGGAAUAACAAUGAUUUUUUUUUUCUAGAAGUUGGUAUGUUUUAUUAGUUUCUUUUCGAAUUCUAAAUUCAUAUUAGGACUUGCUCAACUCACCGGCGGGGGGGGGGGAGGGGGACGGGGAUCUUCACCAGAACCGAAGUACUUAGGAAUACUGACAGCUAGGACCGGGACAAAAUGCUGCCUUUAAAGUCCCUGCUAAAUAACCUGAGAUCAGGCUCUAUUUUCGUUUCGCUUUGAAAAUUACAUUCCGACGGGCAAGGCUAAACGAUCAAACAUUUUUGCACAACACCGUGUUGGAAGAGCAGGUUUUGACGGUUAAGCCACCUCUCUCAACGUUGCAUUUAAAUGGCUUUCGUUCGAUGUUUGAUCUAGAUCAAUCAUUUUUUUGCAUCACAAACAAAUGUUUGAUAUUUAGCAACGCCAUGUUGUCAAUUGAAAUGCAAAAUUGUACAAAAAUGUUUAAUGGUUUAGCUGGGUGCAAACUCUCUUAAGCUAUACUAAAACGGGCAACAAAAAACGUGCAACUUGUUUUGUAACAUUGCCGCAGAGCGAUGUUGUGCGUUUACCACCCUCGUUCGAACUUUUAUUGCAACAAAUAAGGUUGCAAGGUUUUUUUUGUGGGUGAAAUGCGCAACAUCGCUAUUUUCCUUUUGCAGCAAUGUUGCAAAACACGUUGCACCUUUUUUGUUGCCCGUUUUACCCCCGGACCUUUAGAGGAAAGACUGCCGUAAGAUUUCUCUGUUGCUGUUAAUAAACGUCUUUGAGUGGACGCUUUAGUAAGACACUUGUUAGUACUCAGAUGAAAUGUUGUUCAUUUUUUUAGAGAGUCUGACGAUUCCUCAAAACAAAAACUCUCUUCAAAUGUUCCCAAGCAAGAUAUCAUCGGGACUGACUGCCUGGCGCCCAUCAACUUUGGAAGAGUUCAUGGUAAGAAUGAUGUCCAUAAACUGAUCCGAAACUACCAGCGGUGACUGCGUGUGUAACCUGGGGAAAGCAAUGUAGCCAGACAUGAGAUCUUUACGAGUGGUUGCCGGGUUGGUUUACUAUUUACCAAUCAAAUCUGUAAAUUUCGUUUGUUUUAACGUAAUUGGAACUACAUCCUUUUUCAGAAGUCCCCUAGGAAAAUUUCCAAGAUUAAAAUGGUGGUUCUUUUGGUCGGAUUAAGAUGUUACAAAUAAAAUUUCCGUUUCAUUUACACGUUUUGCAACUUAAGCGACACAUCUAAAAGACUUCGGGCUUUCCUGACCAUUCCUCAUGUAGGAAUUGCGAUUUUUUGUAAAGAAAACACCAAUUCUAUGAGCGUGGGGUAGAAGUCGGUUUAAGAGCGAACGUGAGGUUAAAGGAAAGUGACAGUUAAGAUUAAUCCUUCAUCUCAUUCUUUGUGUUGGUUCUCCGCUUGGGCGACCUCGUUUGAAACAUGCAGUUUAUUUUUCCAGGAGCAGCCAGUUCUUAGAAGCCUUGUCGAUGAUGGGUUUAUUGUAGAGGAUGACAUGCUUUAUCAAGCCGUGUUUGAAAGAGGAAAAGGUGAACAAUCCUUGGCCUAUGAAUAAAUAAGAGAAAAAACGAAGAAGUAAAUGAAACACUAAGACGUUUAACAGUAUUCAGGUUGAAAUGUCUUCUAAAAUGUUGACUUUCUAUCUUAAUGGUCUCUGGGGUACUUAAGUUUACCACUGACAUGACAUGGGAAAACCGAAAAUUCUGCUUGGAAAGUCAAAUGGUUUGCGCCAUUCUGUUUGGGGAGCUUCAGAAACAUGGGCUGUGAUUUGAGGGGAUGCAAUUUUUCUUCUCUUAUAGGCUAUUUAGCUGUUUUUGAUAACAUUAUUGCGGUUCGUUUUCCCACCACAUCAAAUUUUAUAGUUUAAUGUUUGUGCACAAGAUUUCCACUAGGGUGGUUUGUGUGAAUUGUAGGCACCCUUGGUCUUCCUGGUCGUAAUACUCCUCCUCCUCCUCCGCCUCAGUAUCGUUAUUGUCCAAAUACUAUUAACGAAUAAUUCAGGUAACGGCUUUGAAUUUAUUGUUGAUAAGGGGAUCGCUUUGCUACAAGCUACACCUCUACACGUUACAGAUGUAAAUUUGACUCAAAGUUGCAAGAAAAUUCAGAAUUACAGUCACAAGUUUUAAUUCAGUUUAGUCUGUAGGCAGGGAGGGGGACUGGUUUUACUCGCUGUAUUCGGCCCGAAACCUUGCUUUCAAAAAGUUUGGCCAAGUGCAAAACUAAGCUAGUUGAUGCUUUGGUAAAAAGUGGAAAAGUUGUUUGUAUAUGUGUGACGGAAAAAAGUAUGCGGCUAAGACGGUUAUAUAUAUAUAUUUUUUUGAUAUUGGCUUGGUAAGCCAAAACAUUUUUGUCUGACUACGGCCCUAAAAGAAAGUCUGUAGAACCAAACGGAUCUACUAAGAUUGAUUGUCGAAAAUUAAACUUAUUAUACGGCUGUAUCCGCGAGCGGGAAAGAUGAAGCGAAUCCUGCGUUCUGAUUGGCUACGCGGGAUGCCCGCUCGGGAUUUCCUGCGUUGGCCCCGCAAGAAAAAGUUAUCUUUUUGGCCAUAUAAUAAAUCCUUUAUUGACCAAGCUUUUUCGAAAAAGAUGGCUGCAUAUUCACCUCGUUCUAUUUUUGCGUUCUCAUUGACUAAGACUUCGCCUCGGUCAAUGUAAACGCGAAAAAGAACUUGGUCUGUAUCCAGCCAUCUUGACCGAACAAGCUCGAUCGGGUUAAUUACUUAAUGGUGAGUGAAAGAAAUUUUUGGUUCGUGAAUGGAACUUAGAUGGAACUGAGAAUAUUGAUUAAAGAGAGACCGAGUACGCGUGAUCGACUAAGCCGUUCAGUUCUGUUUCUACCUUUUCUUUUCAGCACAGCUCAAGGCUUCAGUAAUCGUGUCUCAAGAAUAUCCAACAGCACCGCCAUUUUUCUCAGUUGAAGUAUCUUGUGGAAAGACCAUAAUUAGAGACAGCCUCACUAAGGUAUUGGGCCAGAUGUAGGCUUUACUUUAAAGGGGUAGCUCCCUUAAGUCAAUUAUAAAAGUCACUGUUAUCACUAGAGGCUCUACUCAAAAAAAAAAAACAUGAAUCUAUAUUAAAUUUUUAAAAAUUACAAAUUAUUAUUAUAUUCAAGACUAAUUUAAUUCACUUGGUCAAGGGAAUUUUACAUUUGUCAGGGAAAAGUCAGGGAAUUCGGAAACCUCUGGAUGUGGCAACCAUCUAUAAGCACAGCUCUAAAGCCUCUCCAAAUAUCCUGUUUUAAAUCCUACCAUAGCACAUCACAGAAACAAAUCGCUUGAAAUGUGUUUCUCACAUAGAUUCGAUUCUGGUGUUUAUACGAACGUACCCACGUUGCAGUGAUAAAUUAUAACCGAGUUCUCAGUUCAUUAGUAACAAAACGUAAGCUUUUCACUUGCGAAGACGUUGGCCCAAAAGGACAAAACUGCUAGGCUGUAUUUUUGCUCCAAAUCCAUGUAAACCAAACGGCCGCAAGUAGAACUACUGUAAAAAUGAAUUGCUUGAUUUUCUCGCAUUUAAUUGUAGUGUGGUGAUCCACCCCAGUCAGUAGCAGUGCACUCUUCAAGUCAUUUGCAUCUCUUCAGUCUAGCUCCGUUCUACAUGUUGUUUCUAAUAUGUUGCGUUUUAUGAUGCAAUCUUUAUAACAGGCUGUGGAAGGAGAAGUGAAUGUCUUUUACCCAGAGCUUACUGCCAUUGACUCUCCCUUCAAUCUCCUUACCAAUCAGCUACGCCGUUUACAAGUGAGUAGGCCAAUCCUCAAGCGGUUAAAAAAAUUGUUUAUAUUUAAUCAAAUCUUUGGCCUCAUGGAUAAACAUUAGAGGACGGUGAUCUAAUCCUGAGGUCGUGGAUUCGAUGCUCACCAUUGUCAGAGGUGUUGUCUUUUUUCGUGUCUCCAUGCUUGGGCUAAAAUGGAGUUACAACAGAUGUUAUGACACUUGAAGUCACCCUUAUUUUUAUAGUAACCAAAUUAUAGUUCAAACUGGUCACAUGUUGGAAGGAUAUAUAUUAAUUAUAGGCUGAAACUAACGUCCCAAUUUCGAUCAGCAUGGAAAACAUCAGCUCUUGUCAUAACGAGUCAACCAAAAACAAUUCUCAUUUCCUCUCUCUCUAGGCUUAUGAGAUAUUACAAGCAAUAAAAAUAUUCAAAAUAGAGUACUGGCGUUUCUAAUGUGAGUGUUCUCCUUCAGAUGUGUUUUGAUAUAUAUUUGGAGAGUGGCAGUUUAAACCAUGUGGACGGUGCUGAAACUUUCGAUCGGGAAAAGUUCUUUCUUCGCGUCAAAAAGUAAGUGUAGAUAAGGGACCGUUCAUUUUAACAAGUAUUGUCCCCCCCCCUUUCCCUUAUUCUUUUAGGUGCCCCCUAUUUUUUUCACGUGAGCCUUUCAAAUCCUAUCAGCACCCCCCACCUCGUAAAAGGUCCAUAAUAGGAAGAUUUAGAAUCGCUUUUACAGCUAACGUCUAUGUGUACCACGUGACCAUGUUCCCUCGGAGCUCACUUGACCCGCCACUCGAAAUGGAGAGCUUGCUCGCAGGAUGGAUCUAUAUAUUAUCCAUGCUCGCAGUAAUUUAUGGAUGCUUGCAGGCUUUAACAUGGCCUGACAGGAAAGAAGGUUCGACGCCUUGUCGUGACGUUUUCAAUGAAGUCUUUAAUUUAACCGCCAUAGAAAUGAGCGUGAACUGUGUGGACUCUCAUGUAGAAGCAUACUUUUCUAAUCCAUCAUAAAGGUCCAAACUUCCUUGUGAGACCACCUUCCAUUAGCUCACUUACGGGAUUUUCGACACAGUUGUUGUUUGUAUUGUAUGCUCUUCUCGUGUUGCUGUCUCCCUUAGCGAAUCCUUAAAAUCCCUCAAACCCUCUGCCCUCAUCCAACAAUUGAGUGCGGAUACGUUAAAGGGGCUUUGUAACGAGGAUAUUAUAAACGUGGACCAUUAUUUUCGGAAUUCAAUUUUAGAAAAAAGUAAAUAGUGCGAGAUAGCCUCUUAACUUACAAGUGUUGUUUCAAGCUGAAGUGAAUACUUAAGCUCACGCUAUCCCGGUGUGUUUGUUUGUUGUUUGUUUGUUUUCUGUAGGGGCAGAGAUCGCGGACUCCCUUUGAAAUACGACUCAAAUCAAGGAUUGUUUACCCAGAGAUGACAGUAGCCGCACUACACGAAUUUGAAAUAGUUUCUUAAAACUUGUGUUUCAUGGAAAUCUUUAUAAGAACCGUCUACAAAACUGUACUUCUGUAAUGAGUCUUUAACAUUGUGCGCAAUUAAAUUCU